UGAAACGAUUUUGAAGUGCGGCUAUUCGUUAUUGGUGGUUACCUUCAUUCUGAUGAUAUUGGCUAGCCUGAGUCGAGCAUCUACAGUUCGAGGUCGAGAAAUCGAAACAUUUAAGUAUCCACCGUGUACGUUCAAUCCGCUAUGCACGUGUUCUAAGCCCGAACCAGAUUUGGGAAUUGUUCAGUGCAGACAUGUACCGUUUCCCGCUAUACCGAAGACAAUAAACAAUUCGAAAGCCUUCAUGUUACACAUGGAAAACACGGGAUUGAGGAGUCUAGAAUCGUAUUUCUUGCAAUCAACCGGAUUAUACAAACUUGAAAUAUCUCACAAUCUCUUAACCGAAAUUCCGGAUGAUGCGUUUCACGGUUUGGAUAGAACUCUGUGGGAACUGAUGUUACAACACAACGAACUGAUUGAAAUACCGUCGAGGGCUAUUCGUUACUUGCAGAAAUUGACUCAUCUGGACCUCAGUGGCAAUCAAAUUUCCUGCAUUGAGCCGGACUCGUUCCGUGGCUUGGAAAAUUCUCUGCUCAUCUUAAUAUUGGCGAAAAAUUCCAUAAACACUUUGCCCCCGGACAGUUUCUCCUCAUUGCCUCUACUCGACACUAUCGAUCUCAGUGGAAACAAUCUUGAAUGGAUCGAUGCAAACAUUUUUAGAGAUGGAAUGCCUAAGCUAUCCAAGCUCUUCCUUUCUGACAACAUCUUAAGAGGAAUUCCGUACAUUGCAAUUGCUUCACUGAAGCAACUUCGCAAUCUCGACCUUUCGCACAAUCUAAUCGAAGAAAUUCUACCAGAAGAAGCACCGGAGCCCAGAGCCGUUGUCAAAUUAACGCUCGACGCGCUGCACUUGGAGUACAAUUUAAUCGAAAACUUAUACACCGGAUCGUUUCAACGAUUCGAUAUAAUCAAUCAGACAUAUCUUGACGGUAAUCCGAUAACGAGUUUGGGCGAAGAAGCAUUUCGGCCAGCCAGAAUCACUGAACUGUACAUCAGACACUGUUCGUUGCAAUAUAUUUCACCAUUAGCGUUCGAAGGUUUGGGUAAUUCAUUGCAAAUAUUGGAUAUUUCGGCAAAUAACAUCAGCUCAUUGCCCGAAAAUUUGUUCGAUAAUUUCGAUGUUUUUCGAGUCCUCAACUUGAAGGAUAAUCGACUUAAAGCAUUGAAUCCUGCGGACGCAUUCAAUGGAUUCCAAUAUACCUUACUGAAAUUGGACAUGAGUGGUGAACAGAAUCCUGUCACCAGUCUUCAGGAGUUGAGAAGAAUGCGAAAUCUGAGAUCACUGUCUCUGACUAAGCUUUCAACCAAACACUUAUCGCCCGACGACUUUUUGGAAUUCGGACUGGAAUUGGAAGAUUUGAAAAUAACGCGCGGACCAUUGCAAACAAUAAAAUCCCAUGCGUUCAUGCAUGUGAGAGGACUGAAACGAUUAGAUCUUAGCGAAAGCCGAUUGAGCCAAAUCGAACCGGAUGCAUUUAAUGAGAUUGGACAUUCCCUACUCUCUUUAAAAAUAUCGCAUGGAUUGACUGGUGCAGCGCUACCGGCGGACGCAAUGCGACAUUUGACCUCUUUGCAAGAAUUAGAUCUUAGUAACAAUCAGCUAAAAACGAUGACUGACACGUCGUUUCACUUCAUGAAGAAUUUAAGGCAUUUAGAACUUCAGGACAAUCGAAUCGAACAGGUUUUGAAGGGAACGUUUCAGGGUGACAUCCAUUCCAAAUUGCAAACAAUAUCGCUGAGCUUCAACCAUUUGCGGCAAAUUCUUCAGCAUACCUUCGUGGAUUUAGAGAAUUUGCAACAAUUGGAACUCGACGAUAAUCGAAUCGAACAUUUAGAACGGCGAGCAUUCAUGAAUUUGGAUCAACUUCGACAUCUAAAUUUGAGAGGGAACAAAUUGAACACAAUUGCUGAUGAGGCAUUUCAGAAUUUACCUGAACUGGAAGUUUUGGACCUGGCCUAUAACAAAUUGACAAAUUUCGAUUUCGACUAUUUCGACCAGGUAGGAACACUAUCAUCGCUUCGAGUUAACAUGAGCCACAAUACAAUUGUUGAACUGGCCGAUAAUAACACCGGUUAUGGUUUAAGUAGAGGAGAGCAUGAUUCUAAUUCAUGUCAUGCAGGAUCCAUAUCUCACUCAAAUGUUAAAGUACUGGAUUUGUCCCAUAACAACAUUUCGAAAAUCUAUCCCGGUUUCUUCAGGCCUGCCGAAAUUUCAUUGACCCAUUUGAAUUUGGGCCAUAAUUCGUUGAUGAACGCCACUCGAGACAUCUUUGGAAAUAUGCCGCAUUUACAAAUACUGGACCUAUCCCACAAUCUGAUCGACGAAAUUGAUUAUAAUUGCUUCCGAGCAACAAAAAGCCUGCAAUUGUUAGAUGUAUCACAUAAUCUGUUGCGUGAACUGCCACAAAAGCUAUUUCAAAACGUAGUCGGUAUACGGGUCGUAGAUGUAUCGUACAACUUUCUAAGAUUUCUUCCGGAAAAUAUAUUCGCCGGUGAUGGAUUGGAAUCAUUGGAUCUCUCGCAUAAUUUACUUAUGAAGAUACCGGCCGUGUCAUUUUCAAAUUUGGCUGCACUAAGUAUUUGCAAACUGGAUCUAUCGCAUAAUUCCAUUUCAAGCAUUCAUACGUUGGACUUGUCGAACAAAUUUAGGGCCAUGUCCAGUUUAGAUCUCUCCAACAACCAACUUCUUAGAAUUGAUGAUGCCGCAUUCGCUUCAUUGCCUCGUUUGGCCGAUCUGGAUUUGUCGAACAAUAGUGAACUCAAAGUGAUGGAUAAAGCAUUCGUCGGACUUCAAGGUAGCCUAAUUAAAUUGGGCCUCAACAAUGUAUCACUGACAGAAAUACCGGACUUGCCACUGCCAUUGCUUCGAGUUUUACGAGUUGCUGAAAAUGAGCUGCCGACUGUCUCUCAAGAAUUAGCUCACAACAUGUCCUCGUUGAGGGUGUUAGACCUAUCAGACAAUGACUUGACAAACGUGCCGGUGCUAAUGCAACUGUUGAAGAAUUUGCGGUCAUUGUCUUUGGCUGGUAACUCAAUAACAAUGCUCACAAACGAAAGCUUUGUCGGUUUGUCGGAAACGCUUGAACAUCUAGAUGUGUCCCAGUUGCAUCUUAAUUCAUUUGAGCUGGGUGCUUUGAAGCCUCUUGAUUCGCUGCGAUCUCUGAAAAUUUCCCCAUGUUUGAGUAUACCGACAUUCAACAUACCAGCGUUGCUGGAAGACAACGACAAUUUACGGGAAUUAUGGAUCGAAUCUCCGGGUCCUGCACGUUCACAGCAUGAGACCUCAUUUGAUGCUAUUGCGAAUAUUGGUCGAACCGAGCCCAAAGGACCGUCUUCGACGGAUCUGCGAAAAGAAAUGUUGGGCAAUUUUCCACUGAAACUGCGAUCUGUAACCAUUAGCGGAAAAACGUUCACCAACAUAGCUGAAACAAUCUUCAAAGGAAUUGAGUCAAUAUCAUUACAUGUGACCAUUCGAAACACAUCGUUGACGAGUAUCCCGAAUUUCUUCCGUCACCUGGGCCAAGCUGAAAAUAUUUCAAUCGAUUUGCAACACAACAAUGAUAAACUGAGCAAAAUACCGAAUCCGAAUACCGGAAAUUUACCGAACUUACCCGAUGCGGUCUUUUUAACUGAUCUGAAGGUAGCAAGCACAUCUUUGAGUUGUGACUGUGGUGUCGGUUGGAUCGAAUACUGGCAACGAAAGAAGCGGCAAUACUUUUGCUCGGCACAGUCAUGGUCAGAUUCGAUCUUUGGCCCGUCAUCACGAUCGUCCUGGACGAAAAAGGAGGAGUGCAAUUCAAUUGACGAUGAUUUGCGAGAGGUCGACUGUGCGAAUAAAAACAAUCAGCAAUUGUUAGAGGUACUUAAGUCAGAAAUCGAAUGCGGUUGGAAUGGAGCUUCAAAGAAUGUUAAAAUUGCUGUUUCCACGGUAAUCAUUUCUGUCGUUAUGUUACUGUGGUUCUGACUCCUUCGCUAUCUAUUCGUCACCUACAACAAUUUUUACAAAUAUUUGGAUCAAUUGUAUAACCAACGAGCUUAGAAGAGAGAAAAAGUUUGUGUUUUUCUUAUAGUGUUUCCGCGAUGUUAUAGACAAAAACGAUCAAUUGAAUCGUAAAAAUGAAAUGACCCUGCCGUUUAAAUUUUAAUUAAUUUAUUAUCUCGUGUAGCUUUAAAAUUUCAAUUAUAAAUUACGCUUUAGCAUUUAAUAAUUUACCUUUUAUUAAAACUUAAAACUGCUU